GCUAUUCGAAGAGAAAGAUCAGCCAAGUCCUUUGGACCUGAUCAACAAUACAGGAGCUACUGAUUUCAGCGACUUUGGCUUCUCUCUCUCCAAAAUGAUGAAUUAUACAAGUUAUAUCUUAGCUUUUCAGCUUUGCGUGAUUUUGGGUUCUUCUAGCUGCUACUGCCAGGCUACAUUUUUAAAAGAAAUAGAAAACCUAAAGGAAUAUUUUAAUGCAAGUAAUUCAAAUGUAGCAGAUGGUGGGAAUCUUUUCCUAGAUAUUUUGAAGAAUUGGAGAGAGGAGAGUGACAAAAAAAUAAUUCAGAGCCAAAUUGUUUCCUUCUACUUCAAACUCUUCGAAAACUUAAAAGAUAAUCCAAUCAUUCAAAGCAGUGUGCAGAUCAUCAAGGAGGACCUGCGUGUUAAGUUCUUCAACAGCAACAACAGCAAACUGGAAGACUUCAAGAAAGUGAUUCAAAUCCCGGUAAAUAAUCAGACGGUCCAGCGCAAAGCAAUAAGUGAACUCUUUAAAGUGAUGACUGAUCUGUCACCAAAAUCUAACCAAAGGAAGAGGAAAAGGAGUCAGAGUCUGUUUCGUGGUUGGAAAGCAUAGAAAUAAUUGUUAUCCUGCCUGCAAUAUUUGAAUUUUAAAUCUAAAUCUAUUUAUUAAUAUUUAAUAUUUUACAUUAUUUAUAUGGGGAUAUAUUUUAAACUCAUCAAAGUAUUUAUAAUAGCAACUUUUAUGUAAUAAAAAUGAAUAUCUAUUAAUAUAUGUAUUAUUUAUAAUUCCUGUAUCCUGUGACUAGUUCACUUGACUCUUUUUAUUUUCAGACUAACUAGGCAAGACUAUGUGAUUACAAGGCUUUAUCUCAGGGGCCA